ACUGGCCAUGCUCGAGCAUAGAAUUCGCGGUUAAAGUCUGGCUGUUAAGGAGCAUUUUGUUUCACUGUUUAUUAAGGUACAUUGACUUGCUGUUCACUGUUGAAAUGGCGGCCUCCUGCGGCGAUAUUCAGGUUAAGGAGAUUGACAAACGUGCAUCUGGCCAGGCAUUUGAGGUGAUCCUGGGCACUCCAGCUCCAGAUGCCAAGGGAGAGUUCCCUCUGUCUCCCCCCAAGAAGAAGGACCUAUCCCUGGAGGAGAUCCAGAGGAAACUGGAGGCUGCAGAGGAAAGGAGGAAGUCCCAUGAAGCAGAGGUUUUGAAGCACCUAGCUGAGAAGCGGGAGCAUGAGAAGGAGGUGCAAAGGAAAGCCAUGGAGGAGAACAACAACUUCAGCAAGAUAGCUGAGGAGAAGCUUAACCAGAAGAUGGAAGCCAACAAAGAGAACAAGGAGGCCCUUCAGGCAGCCAUGAGCGAGAAGUUCAAGGAGAAGGACAAGAAACUGGAAGAGGUGCGGGCCAAGAAGGAAACCAAAGAGGGCGGUGCCGAGAACUGAAUAUCUGUCUAUUGGGGAUUGUAUACUAGAGGGUUUUUUACAUAUCCAAAGAUUGAUUUAUAUUUAGUUAAUGGCCAGUAUUUUUGUCUUCACUGCCACCUACCUUUAUGAAGAAAAUAAAGUUCUCCCUGUUUGUGAAUUCAAUUACUCUCCUGCUAUAAGUGUACUUGCAUUAGCUUUACAUGUGGCUGUUUUUGUUCCCUUGUUGCUUCUAUUCCAUGGCCGCCUAAGUUACAAGAUGUCAAUUCCUCUCAAUGCAUUGGAGAGGAGCUAAAGUCCUUUGAGAGAAAUUGAGGAGGCAAGGGUUUGACCGCUAGUGACCAUUUCAUACAGACCAUUUCUUUCGCUAUUUAGCUUUUGUCAUUGCAUCUUCGGACCUAAUGAAAAUUGGCAGUAUAUGUACUUCAAGGAUGAAUGUCUCCAUGCAUAGGUCCUUGACAUGCUCGCUUCCAUAGUGCCGUUUUGGAAUCUUGUCUGUUACACCUGGCUAAUAGUUAUUGAUCAAUGGUUGUUGAUAGAGUUCACCUUUUUCACAGCAGGUGUUGUAUGACAUCUUUUACUAUUCAGAGAACUGCUAGUCUUUAAUGGUCUGUGGCAUCCUGAUCCUAUUCCCUAAUGCACUACCCAAAAGUAGUGCACUGAACAGGGUGCCAUUCAACUCACCCCACGUCUAAUCUUUGUGCCACUGCAGGUUUUUUUGCUUAUGUAAAGUGGGGUUUUGUUUCAAAGCACAUGCCUUUGCUGUUGUAGGUCCAUGAAUUAACUUUUUUUCCCCCCAGGCUUGUGUAUCUAUGAUACUGGAAGACUGGGUCUACACAUGGAAUGCAAUUUUGUAUCUCAAUAGAUAAUGUUACGAGUUGACUUAACGGUUGUGCUAAACAAUAAAUACAAUUGUCAAA